AUGGAAUUUUUAUCAAAACGUUUAAUUGAUAAAAUAACUGAGAAAUUACCCUGCGUAGUUAGAAACGGUGAUCCAAAUUCAACUUAUCCAGGAUGUGUCAAUUUAUCGUUUGCUUACGUCGAAGGUGAAUCGUUGUUGAUGGCGAUGAAAGACGUUGCUUUGUCCAGCGGUUCAGCAUGCACGUCAGCAUCAUUGGAACCUUCGUACGUUUUAAGAGCCAUCGGAGCCGAUGAAGAUUUAGCACAUUCAUCAAUACGAUUCGGUUUGGGAAGGUUCACGACCAUAGAAGAAGUUGAUUACACGGCUGAAAAAUGCAUCAAACACGUUCAAAGGCUUAGAGAAAUGAGGUUUGAUAGAAUACAUAUAGUGAAGAUUGAGAGAAGAUACGAUCACGACUGGAUGGAAUUUUUAUCAAAACGUUUAAUUGAUAAAAUAACUGAGAAAUUACCCUGCGUUGUUAGAAACGGCGAUCCAAAUUCAACUUAUCCAGGAUGUGUCAAUUUAUCGUUUGCUUACGUCGAAGGUGAAUCGUUGUUGAUGGCGAUGAAAGACGUUGCUUUGUCCAGCGGUUCAGCAUGCACGUCAGCAUCAUUGGAACCAUCGUACGUAUUAAGAGCCAUCGGAGCCGAUGAAGAUUUAGCACAUUCAUCAAUACGAUUCGGUUUGGGAAGGUUCACGACCAUAGAAGAAGUUGAUUACACGGCUGAAAAAUGCAUCAAACACGUUCAAAGGCUUAGAGAAAUGAGUCCUCUUUGGGAAAUGUAUCAAGAAGGAAUCGAUUUAAAAUCAAUAAAAUGGACUCAACAUUGA